AUGGACGUCAAAAGCUAUUCUGCACUACUUUCGCUCUUUGCCAGUGUGCUGGUAAUCCUCAGCGCAGGCUUUCCGCUCACAUUCUCUCUUUAUGCGGGCUCCUUGCAAAAUAUUCUAGGCUACUCUCAAGUGCAAGUCAACAGCGUCAAUGUUGCCAAUAUCAUCGGACAAUUUCUUUGCUAUCCCCUUAUCGGUUUGCUAUCUGACAAGUAUGGAGCAAACCGCGUCUGCCUGUUCUCUGCCCUUCUAGGCAUACCAGGAUUACUCCUCGCUGCCAACGCCUAUGAGCGCAGGCAAGGAUAUCUCGUCUUGUGCAGUGCAUUCUUCCUCAUUGGGGUAGCCUCGACUUGUGCAUAUAUUACCUCCGUCAGCACAUGUGCACGCAAUUUUGCCGGUGCUCGUGGUUUGGCCAUCGCAAUACCUAUUUGCGCGUAUGGCUUUGCGACGCUGCUAUACACGCUCGUGUUUGAGCGAUACUUUAGUCUCGCAAAUCAGGCGCAAGAGCAGUACAACAUCCCUGGCUUCUGGCGAAAUCUAUGCUGGUUUGUCGGGUUAGCUGCUCUCCUUGGGAGCUGCUUCAUGAAAAGUCCGACAAGUGCAACGAAUGAAUCCAUUUCAGGACCACUUGAGGAUAGUUCUCAGGAGCAAGUGCCAUUGCUGGGUAGUCAAGAGGAAUCCAGACCACCAUUCUUCGAGGAUAUAACAGUGUUGAUGUACGCAGUGGCCUACAUUUUUGCCGCUGGCGCCACAGAGACCCUUGUUGGCAACAUGGGAUCGAUCGUCGAGUCUAUCUUACUGAAAACACCUGAUGCGAAUGGCACUUCUGGAUCUUACGCCAGUCGUGCAGUCUCCGUUUUUGCGAUCUUCUCAACGGUCAGUCGUCUCAUCGUGGGUCUCCUUGGCGAUGUGCUCGCAAAGAAGGGCUACUCACGCAUACCGUUGUUGCUCGGCUUGACAGCACUGAUGUCUCUUGCCAUGCUCACUUUGGCCUUGGCACCACCGUCAACUACAAUAUUCUUCUUGGUCGCUGGGAUCAAUGGGUUCUGCUACGGGUCCUUGUACUGCAUCGGACCGACCCUGGCGUCUGUCAUAUGGGGCCUCCGAGAUUUUGGCCGCAAUUGGGGCUGUCUGGCGUAUUCUCCGUUGAUCGGUUCGGUUCUCGGGUCUUACCUUUAUGCAGCACUCUACGAUAGACGAGCAAGAGCACAACAUCCCGACAGUAACCAGGGUCAUUUAUGUGCCGGACAAGGCUGCUACAGCCUUUCUUUCCUGUUGAUGGCAUCUGCUGUAGCGCUAGCAAUGUCAAUAUGGGUCUUGACGUGGCGCAUCUGGCGCCGGAGGGGCAUCAUUGUUUAG